AUGAGUGGGUUUCAUGCCGGCGACGACGCCGACCGCCCGCGUCAUGCGGGGCUCCUUGUCGGCUUCAACAGCUCACGCACUGGAACAAACCCUGCGUCUCAGAAUGCUGAUCUGCCCGGCUACGAGCGAAGCCGGGCGGGAGACUGCGGAGGCGACGGCGGCUACUCUGGAGGUUCGUCCUCUCGUUCCCCCCCGGUGCCGCCUGGGCCGCAGCCAGCAAGUCAUAGCCUCGUGCGCGUGCGCGACGGGGACCGUCGACAGCCUUCCAGCCGGCAUAAGGACCGCGCAUCGUCUUCGCUUUCUGGGCCGUGUCCGCAGAGAGACUUCGAGGAAUGCGGCGACCGAUACGGGCCAUCUUCGGGGCGGGUACCUGUGACGCGCGCGCCGCUCUGGAGGGACGCAGAAGGAACCGGGAAGGGCGUCCCAAGCAGUUCAGUCAGCCUCCGAAGCGGGCAAGCGGCUCGAAACAUCAAACUCGAUAGGAAAGUGUCCUUUCACCAAGCCACACGAGAGCGGACGUCUUCGCUUUCGGUUGGAGAUGACGAUAAUGACGGCGAAGGCGAAACCUGCGCCGAGGCCGCUGAGCAACAACUGCGGACUCUCGAUGCCCUUCUGAGUGAACUCGCGAGGGCUGUUGACGAGGUUGGAGCCACGAAAAAGAAAGGCGCAGACGCCCUCAGAAACCACCAAGUCAAAGUGCAACGGCUGCAACAAGAGAUCGAUACAACUCUCUCGGCACUUGACCUUGAGCUCCGUUGUAUCGCCUCAUCCCUACGGGUCGCCUACAGAUCUAGCCUGUUGGCUCAACGGCAACAGAAACAGCAACAAGCGGCAUCUCUGGGGCGCUCCUACGAGGACGCUCUUCUCUCAGUUACGUGCGAAGAUCUGCUGGCCUACCGAGCGGGCGCAGAGGAAGGUGACGAGGAACAAGAGACGCUGCGUGAAGAGAAGUUGAGGGAAUUUCUGGUUCAAGCAGGGGAUGAUAAACAGGACAAAACACAGGCAUCCCUUUAUCGAACGAAGCAGAUGGUCGCAGAGACGGAGGAGAUGGGAGCUCAGAUUCUGUCGACGAUGAACGAACAUACUGAACAGCUCCAGAAGGCGGCUGAAGAGCUAGACGAAGUUCAGUACAACGUGAUCCGAGCAAAGAAGACUGCAAUGGCCAUCGCAAAAAAUGCGGCUGGAGACAGAUUUAUCCAGUGUCUCUGUCUCUUCAUCGUUCUGUUCCUGGUCAUCGCCAUUGUGCUUGUUUGUGUUCCACGCUAG